CGAUCCGAUCUUUGUGCAGCUUCGGAGAAUCGAAGAAGAGGACAAGUGAACAGUUUGUCUUUCUUGGCUCUUCGAAAUUCUACGAGCUCACGCAUGCGUGAUUUGGCAUAGUGUGCGAAAGUAGAAUGAGGAGUUUCUGUUUUUGGCGCAGCCGCACUCAGUGCUUAGUCUGUUAAGACUGGGUCUAACGCUAGUCAGAUUGUUAGACGCCUUUAAUACGAAACAAGUAUGGUGGACUGUCAUAUUGUUAUGACAAGAGAUACGUCAAAUUUAUAAUAUUUUUUAAACUGGACUGGCGUUUAUCGUAUCUCUCGACAUUGUUUCAAUAAUUAACAAUUGUUACUAAUCCCUUCAUGUACACGCAGACAAUAAAAAUGCCGGUCCAGAAGGAUUCUAAUAUUGUGAAAAUUGCUGUCCAAAUGAUAGACCAAGUGCCACAACUCAUUGAAUUUAAUCAAAAGCAACCACUAACUGGAAUUAUUCAGGAACUAUGCAAUGGGUGGGGGCUCUCUGAUCCUGAGUCGUAUUCGUUACAAUUUUCUGAAAGUAAUAACCAAAAUUAUAUCACAGAAAAAAAUCGUAAUGAAGUAAAAAACGGCAGUAUUUUGAGAUUAGAGUUUUCCCCAUCGAAAACGGCAAGCAAUAUUCUGACCAAACUCAAUAAUGGAACUAUAGAAGAAAAAACUGUGGCUCUGCAGAGUCUAAGCUCGCUUAGUACGGAUAUAACAUUUGCAUUUGAAUUUAUUAAUAAGCAGGGAUUAGCUUUGAUUAUAUCGCAGGUAGAAGGAGAAAAAUAUAAAGGUAAUACGCUUGCAUAUUCGCUUCAAUCAUUUGUGGAGCUCAUGGAUCAUGGUAUUGUUUCAUGGGAUAUAUUAGAAACACCUUUCAUUAAUAAAGUAGCUAGUUAUGUAAACAAUCAAGCUGUUACUCAAGACACUAGUAUUAUUGAAGCUUCGCUUAGCAUCCUCGAAAAUAUAGUACUGAAUUCUUCUGGAAAGUAUGGACAAGUUGAGAAAGAAGUGACUUUUUCUAAUCUAGUAAUACAUUUACAAAGUAUGCGUCCACAAAUACAACAAAACGCAAUAGCUCUGAUAAAUGCCUUAUUCCUCAAGGCUGACGUAUCCAAACGCAGAUCUGUCGCUACGACUCUUCAAUCUAAACAAGUUAGAAGUGUUUUUUUGACUAAUAUCAUACAGUCUACUGGUCAGGUUGGUGCAGAAAUGGCGCACCAGUUAUAUGUAUUACAGACAUUGAUGUUAAGUCUAUGGGAACAACGAAUGAUGACAAAAAUGGAUCCUCAAGAUCAAGACGCGCAUGAUAAAAUUAAAGAGCUUCGGAGAAUUGCUUUUGAUACAGAAGGGAUACCUGGCGGAGAUGUGACCGCUCGUAAACAAGGCCUUUAUGCCAAGGAUUACAAAAAAUUGGGUUUCAAAUACGACAUUAAUCCUGCUCUUGAUUUUACAGAGACCCCUCCUGGCAUGCUUGCUCUAGACUGCAUGGUUUACUUUGCACGUAACCAUACAGAAGCUUAUACUAAAGUUGUUCUAGAGAAUUCUUGUAGGGCGGACGAACACGAAUGCCCUUUCGGUAGAACAAGCGUGGAAUUGGUUAAGUUACUUUGCGAAGUAUUACGCAUUGGGGAAGCACCUAGCGAACAAGGUCAAUCGUAUCAUCCGAUGUUUUUUACACACGAUCAUCCAUUUGAAGAGUUCUAUUGCGUGUGUAUAGUUCUGUUAAAUAAAACUUGGAAGGAGAUGAGAGCCACCACCGAAGAUUUCGUGAAAGUAUUUUCCGUUGUAAGGGAACAAAUUACCAGAGCACUUCAGUGCAAGCCCACAGGGUUGGAUAAAUUUAAAAAUAAGUUGCAACAAUUAACUUAUUCAACGAUUACCAACCUUUGGCAACAAGAAAGAACUAGCAGAGAAGAGUGGGAAAGUCAUGCAAGGCCGAUUGUUGAACUUAGAGAACAAAUUACACCGGAAAUUCUAGAACUCAUUCGGCAACAACGGUUGGGAUUUUUGGUAGAAGGCACUAGAUUUAUGAAGUAUAGCGCAAGGGGACAGAGAAUCAAGGAUAAAUUUUGGUACGUUCGACUUUCGCCUAACCACAAAGUAUUCCAUUAUGGAGACUGCGAUGAAAAAUCAGUACCAACGAUCGAUGAGCUCCCUACAAAGUUGGCCGUUGUUGAAAUUCGGGGUUUACUGACUGGCAGAGAUUGCCCUCAUAUGAAAGAUUUACAAAGACGGAAAACAACGCAUCAGUUGGCGUUCUCUUUAAUUUUGGAUUCCGUCGAAGUUUCAAGCUUAGACUUUGUUGCUCCUGAUGAGAUAGUUUUUGAUUAUUGGACGGACGGCAUUAAUGCUUUGCUCGGCAACAGAAUGACAAGUAAAGAGGCAGACCACGAUUUAGAAGUAUUAUUAUCUAUGGACAUUAAAUUAAGACUUCUAGACGCAGAAGAAAUUCAUAUUCCUCAAGAUCCGCCUGCUAUUCCCGACCCACCGCCAAAUUACGACUUUUGUUACGAGUUGAAGUAAGAAUUCCAUUCACCAUCCAUCGUACGUAUCCAUCGUCAGGUAACAUAAAAAAUUCGAGCUAUAAUAUUUUAUUCUAAAUUACAAUUUUUAUACAAACGAAUCAUUUUUAAUAUUUCCAUUUGUAAUGCCUCUAUACAGUACUUGGGGGUUUUUUAAUGGUAUGAAUUGACACGUAUAAGUAUUUUAAUUAUAUUAGAAAACGCAGUAUAUUUUACCAAAGACAUAUUUUACAUUUUAU